CACAUCUACUCGUAGUAAGGAUGGCGAGUUCGAUGCGACUCAUGAACGAAAACGUCAAUCAUAUGGAGGAACUUUCGACCUUUCACUCUCCUUUCAUUAUCAGUAUUUGUUUUCUGCGUAUUGCUUAAUCCUUCAUUGCAGAACUGGGUUCCGAGGGAUGGAUGAGAGAAAUUGUCCAAGGUUGAUCAACAAUUACUCGCUUAUCGGACGCGACUGAUUUCCGGAUACUUUUCUGCCUGGACUGUUGACAACAUCUCCGAAAAUGUCGACCUUUCUGGCUGGCAACAUCACCACCAACUAUGAUCGGAGUCGUCGCAUGGCUGGAGCCUCUUCCGAGAGCCCAGCAGCUGAUUAUCCUUAUGAGGAUAGAACAUUUCAUUCCGAUGGUGGCCCGGUUCUAGGGGACGGUCAGGAUGAAAACAAAGAGGUUCGCGAUCUGGCACGUUCAUAUUCCCGUGCUUCUGGUACGGAACCUCAAUUUCAUCCAUUUGAUGCGUCCGGUGCCGAUUCAGAGAUCGACCCAAAUUCCGACAACUUCAAUGGCAGAGCCUGGACCAAGGCAAUGCUGCGGCUCCAGAAAAUGUCAGGUCAGGAAAACGUUGGACGAAAGGCCGGAUUUGCUUUUCGGAAUCUGUCGGCUUUCGGCUUCACAAAGGGCAGCGACUUUCAAAGAACUGUCGACAACUAUGCUUUGGCAGCGUCGGACCUGGUCAGAGGGCUCUUUGGCCAUAAAGGACGCCGCGUCGACAUCUUGCGCAACUUUGAGGGCGUGGUGCAACCAGGUGAAAUGCUUGUUGUUCUUGGUCCUCCCGGUUCUGGGUGUUCUACGUUCUUGAAAACCAUUGCUGGCGAGACUCAUGGUUUUACGCUUAGCGAUGAUUCUUACAUCAACUACCAAGGCAUCAGCUACAAGAAAAUGCACCAUGACUUUCGAGGCGAAGCCAUCUACACGGCCGAGCAGGAUAUUCACUUCCCCAUGCUUACUGUUGGAGAUACCUUGUUAUUCGCCUCGCGCGCAAGAACACCACAACAUAUGAAACUGCCCGAAGGCGUCACCAAGAAAAUGUACGCUGCACAUCUCCGGGACGUAGUCAUGGCGACUUUCGGCAUCAGGCAUACAAUCAGUACCAAGGUCGGCAAUGAUUUCGUCCGCGGAGUCAGUGGUGGUGAGAGAAAGCGAGUAUCAAUCGCAGAAGCAACUCUAAGUGGUGCACCUCUACAAUGCUGGGACAACAGUACGAGAGGUCUCGAUUCAGCCAACGCUAUCGAGUUCUGUAAAACUCUUCGGACGUCGACAGAUCUCAACGAGACUACUGCUGCGGUGGCCAUCUACCAAGCUCCUCAAUCAGCUUAUAACUAUUUUGAUAAAGUCCUAGUGCUCUAUCAGGGUCGACAAAUCUAUUUUGGCCGGACGACGGACGCCAAGCAGUACUUCCUGGACAUGGGAUUCGACUGCCCCAAACGUCAGACGGUUCCAGAUUUCCUCACAUCAAUGACAAACCCAAUCGAACGUAUUGUCAUGCAUGGUCACGAAAAGCUGGUCCCUCGAACUCCCGACGAAUUUGUGGAACGGUGGCAGAAGAGUGAACAACGGCAAAAGGUCUUGACGGAGCUCGAGGGAUUCGAGGCGGCAAACCCAAUCGGUGGCCCGAAUCUCGAAGCAUUUCAACACUCGCGUCGCAUUCAGCAAUCGAAAGUCCAACGAGCCUCCUCACCCUACACCUUGUCCUAUGCAGGUCAGAUCAAUCUGUGCUUGUGGCGUGGCUUCAAGCGUCUUGCAGAUGAUCCUUCUAUCACGAUUACUCAGCUAGCUGGAAACUGCAUCAAUGCUUUGGUGGUCUCGUCUCUCUUCUACAAUCUUCAGGCCAACAGCGACUCACUACGCUCUCGAAGUUCCCUGAUUUUCUUCGCCGUCCUUCUCAAUGCAUUCGGCAGCGCGCUCGAAAUCCUUACACUGUAUGCCCAACGACCUAUCGUGGAGAAGCAUAAGCGCUAUGCACUGUAUCAUCCUUCAGCUGAAGCGUUCGCAUCAAUGUUGACAGACAUCCCCGCGAAAACUCUCAACGCUAUCGGUUUCAACCUAAUCCUGUACUUUAUGACCAAUUUACGACGGACACCCGGCGCAUUUUUCUUCUUCUUAUUCACAACUUACAUUCUCACACUGACCAUGAGCAUGCUGUUUCGCUUCAUUGCAUCAGUGUCGAGGUCACUGAUUCAAGCCCUGGUGCCUACGGCCGUACUAAUGAUCGCCAUUGUUGUUUAUACUGGAUUUGUCAUUCCUGUCACUUAUAUGCAUGGAUGGGCGCGAUGGAUGAACUACAUCAAUCCUACUGCGUACGGCUUCGAAGCUCUUAUGGUCAACGAGAUGAGCCACAGGCAAUACCCAUGCUCAACCUUCAUUCCACCUGCCCCUCAGUUCGGAGAUGGAAGCACCACUACACAAAUUUGUUCGGGUGUUGCUGCAGCUGCUGGACAGCCUUGGAUCGAUGGAGAUGCUUACAUCAAUUCCGCCUACCAAUACUACAGGGGUCACAAGUGGCGGGAUAUUGGUAUCAUGUUCGUUUUCAUGCUUGGCUUGCUUGUCUUCUACCUAAUCGCGACGGAAACCGUCUCCGCCAAAAAGUCGAAAGGCGAGGUUUUGUUGUUCCGCAGAGGCCACAAACCAGCGUUCUUGAAGGAGAGGCCGACAGACGACGAAUCUGGAAACCUGGACGAAGCUCUUGCUCUCGAGAGGCAGCAGACGAAGGACGAGCAAUUAGAGCGACAAGUCAGUGCUGUUAUUCAGAGGCAGACCGCCAUCUUCCAGUGGAAAGAUGUCUGUUAUGACAUCAAAAUCAAAGGAAACCCUCGUCGAAUCCUCGAUCAUGUGGACGGCUGGGUGAAGCCUGGUACCAUGACGGCUUUGAUGGGCGUUUCAGGUGCCGGCAAGACUACUCUACUCGACUGUCUCGCAACUCGAGUGACCAUGGGUGUCAUCACUGGCGAAAUGCUGGUCGACGGCCGGCAACGUGACGAAUCUUUCCAGCGCAAAACUGGCUAUGUGCAGCAGCAAGACUUGCACCUUGAGACCUCGACCGUACGCGAAGCACUACGCUUCAGCGCGCUCCUGAGACAAUCAAGAGACGUUCCCCGGGCUGAGAAAUUAGCAUAUGUGGAAGAGGUCAUCAAACUGUUGGAUAUGCAAGAAUACGCCGACGCCGUAGUUGGUGUUCCAGGUGAAGGUCUGAAUGUGGAACAGCGCAAGCGUCUGACAAUCGGUGUUGAGCUGGCUGCCAGACCACAACUGCUUCUGUUCCUUGACGAGCCCACCUCAGGCCUUGACUCACAGACGUCCUGGUCUAUUCUGAACCUUCUCGAAAAGCUAACGCAUGCUGGUCAAGCCAUUCUCUGCACUAUCCAUCAGCCAUCGGCGAUCCUGUUUCAGAGAUUUGACCGACUCUUGCUUCUCGCGGCAGGUGGCAAGACAGUGUACUUUGGCCCGGUCGGCCGAGACUCACAUAUUCUUAUCAAUUAUUUCCAGAAGAACGGAGCGCCCGCAUGCCCGCCUGGAGCCAAUCCUGCCGAAUACAUGCUCGAAGCCAUAGGAGCCGCCCCUGGGUCGCACACAGAAGUCAACUGGUUUGAGGCUUGGAAACAAUCGCCGGAGUACCAGGAAGUGCACCGAGAAUUGGAAGAGAUGAAGGUCGAGAGAUCACAGAUCGAGCAUCCCAGCACGUCACACAAGAGCGACUACUUCGAAUUUGCGGCACCUUUUACCAUGCAGUUCUGGGAAGUGCAGAGACGUGUCUUCGAACAAUACUGGCGAACACCCGUAUACAUCUACUCAAAGAUGUUGCUCUGCGCGUUGACUGGCUUGUUCAUUGGCUUCUCACUGUACAAGGCGCCGAACACUGAACAAGGGCUUCAGAAUCAACUCUUCGGUAUUUUCAUGCUUCUCGUCCUUUUCUCGCAGCUCGUCCAACAGAUCAUGCCUCUGUUUGUCACUCAACGAAGCCUGUACGAAGCUCGUGAGCGGCCUUCGAAGACGUACGAUUGGAAAGCAUUCAUGCUGUCUAACAUUCUUGUCGAACUUCCAUGGGCAACGUUGGGCGGCGUGGUACUUUUCUUCUGCUGGUACUAUCCGAUCGGCCUGUACAAAAACGCAAGUUACACCAACUCCGUCCAUUCGCGAGGUGGGCUAGAAUUCUUGUUCGUCUGGGAAUUCCUCAUGUUCAGCUCGACUUUUGCACAUCUGAUGAUCGCGGGUAUCGCGACUGCGGAGGCUGCAUCAAAUCUCGCCAACGUCCUCUUCUCACUAUGUCUGUUGUUCAACGGUGUACUGGUCGGGCCCAAAGCUAUGCCGGGCUUCUGGAUCUUCAUGUACCGAGUAUCACCGUUCACCUACCUUGUCGAAGGACUACUCGCUGUCGGAGUCGCCAAUGCGCCAGUAACAUGUGCGGACAAUGAACUCUUGCACUUCAGGGCACCCUCCGGCGAGACAUGUGGGACAUAUCUCAAAUCCUACAUCUCCGAGGCUGGUGGCUAUCUGAUCGACUCCAACGCCUCACAGUGCGAGUUCUGCACCCUUGACAAUACGAAUACUUUCCUGGAACUGUCCAGCAUUUCGUUCGACCAUAGAUGGAGGGACUUUGGGAUUAUCUUCGUCUACAUCGCCUUCAAUAUUCUUGCGGCAACCGCGAUUUACUGGUUGGCUAGGGUGCCCAAGGGCAAGAAGUAUGCUGGCAAAGAUGACAAGAAAGGCUUGGUCAAGACGGAAAGCCAUGCCGAGAAAGAGAAGCGCGUUGAUGGAGACCUCGAGAACGGUGGCUCGACAGGUAGCUCGGAAGCCGGCCACCUCAAUGAGAAGACUGUUGUGGGUGAUGGCGCUGCAGUGGCUGCAACCAAUGCACCAAAGCAGGAGAAGGAGGCUGCUGCCAGGAACGAACCUCUCGAGAAAAGAACUGUCAACGAAACCUCUCAGCCAUCGACCUACGUCCAAGCGACUCGACAACCAGAGACUCAGUCAACUUCCGUUGGGGGAGCUGCAGUAUCGACUGCUGGAAGACCGUCUGCAGAACGCUUUGUCACUGCACGCGAGUUCUGAAUCAGCAUACCUGAGCGCACGAUGCGCACCUUCUUUGCACAUUGAUAUCGAUACUAAGCAUUCUGUUGCUGUUCUUCAAGAGACUAGAUUCUAGAAUCACCACUCCCUACAGGAGUUUUUGCGAUAGAGCUGACGAGAUAAAUAAUCUAUUCUUAGACUG